AUGGGGAGCAGCGGGUCUGUAGCUGGUGGUCAAAUAGCAAUUCCUACACAAGAGACCUAUGUGUGGUACAGAACAUUUAUGAUGGAAUAUCCAUCCGGCUUGCAAACCCUACAUGAAUUUAAGACACUUUUGGGUCUUCAGGGUCUGAAUCAAAAGGCCAACCACCAUGUUAAUCAAGUUUAUAAUACCUUUGACAUGAACAAGGAUGGAUUUAUUGAUUUUUUCGAGUUUAUCGCUGCUAUAAAUCUAAUCGUGCGAGAAAAAAUGCACCAAAAAUUAAAAUGGUAUUUUAAGCUGUAUGAUGCUGAUGGAAGUGGUUCUAUCGAUAAAAAUGAACUUCUGGACAUCUUCAUGGCUGUACAAGCCCUCAGUGGCCAGCAAACUCUGAGUCCUGAGGAAUUCACCAACUUGGUGUUUCGUAAGAUUGACAUAAACAAUGAUGGAGAACUGACUUUAGAAGAAUUUAUCAAUGGCCUGGAAAAAGAUCAGGAUCUCCUAGAGAUUGUUUACAAGAGCUUCGACCUUUCCAACGUGCUGAAAGCAAUCUGUAACGGGAAGCAGCCAGACACCACCGAUGACUUCUCCAAACCACCUGAGAAGGCUGGUCUCGGGAAGGUGAAAAUGAAGCAUCUAUGGACAAAAUCUUUCCCAUGCCAACAGUCCCCUUCAACUGGCCUUCAAGCUGUCAGUCAUACAGACCUUCAAUAUUUUCCUUACCUGUGCUCCUACGAUGGCAAUGAACCCUUACCCGUUUUCAGGCUGACCUUUGGACUGAAGACCCCGGAAGAAGAGAUCAUUUUCCUAAACCAGGAUGCCGGGAGGAAGCCACUCAAGUGGAUGUGGGGUCUGCGGUGGGAUUGGGUCACCUCGCCGAUUUCCUCAUUGGUGCACCCACCACGCUAUCUUCUUAAAAUUCCCCGAACAAACCCAAUCACGUUAAAAAUCCUGGUCAUCUGA